AUGGCGGAACUAAACAGACAGCUCCAGGAGUACUUGGCCCAGUCCAAAGGUGGCGGCGCAAGGACGGUCUCCCCGUCCGGCUCCAGCACCACGGUGGACCUGGGCGACUCGGAGCCGUUGUCGGGGAGCUGGUUCGGCCGGUGGUCGAGUCCCUGGUCCCGGGGCCGCGGCGGCAGUCCAUCCAGCCAGAGCUCCGGUGGAAACAGCGGCUUGUCGUGGCCGUGGUCGGCGGAGCCGGACCCCUGCCUUCCUGGCAUGAGCCGGCGGCAGCGGCUGGUGGCCUUCGGGGCGUGCGCGUCGUUCUCCGCGCUGUGCUUCGGGCUGUCCGCGCUCUACGCGCCGCUGCUGCUGCUCUACGCGCGCAAGUUCGCGUUGCUGUGGUCGCUCGGUUCGCUGUUCGCCAUCGCCGCGGUCGCGGUGCUUCGCGGACCCAGCCGACUCGCCGCCGGCGUGCCCACCUCUCCCGGUGCCGCCGUGUACCUGUGCGCGCUCACCGGGACUCUGUACGCGGCGCUCAGCCUCCACAGCACGGCGCUCACGGCGCUCGGGGCCGCGCUGCAGGUCGCAGUCAUCGUCGGCUACGUACUGUCGCUGCUACCGGGAGGAAGCGCCGGGAUCCGCUUUGUGGGGGGGAUGGCGGCGUCCGCCAUCAAAAGGACCGUCACCGGGAAAAGCAUGCCGAUCUGACUGAUUAUUGAUUAUCGGCUGUUCUGAACACUGAGCCGAGGACACAUCGAAUCACUGACUGUCGGCCGAGGACAGACCUCAUGGGACCAAGUAGAGAUGUUUGACGCUGUCAUGAAUGUUUGUGUAAAG